GGAGUAGCUUCCGGGAAGGGUACUGCAUUUCCCGUUUCUACCUCCACUGCACCCGUUUAUUGCGUCUUGCUUCUGGGUCACAGAGACUAGAAGGACACUCCCAACCAUGAGUCUUCCUUUCUAUGCGCGCCGGAGUUACAGCUGAAGGCAGGACAGGAGAAGCAAUGAAAUGCCAAGGGCGGAGACACAAGCGACGAUGGGGGAGUAGGAAAAGGCGGGGCUUCCGCCUGGGGCAUGGAGGCUCCUCCUUCUCACGUCACUUCCGUAAACAAAGGGAGCUGCGGAGGCGCGGGUACCGGGAUGUGAUCGGGACCCUACCUGGGGCUGCUGCGGUGGCGUCUGAAGCUGUCGGGUCUUUGCGGGUUGCGGAAGGGGGCCCCAAUCCCCUUCUUCUUCAGGUCUUAAGAAGCUGGCCGUGGUGCAAUAAGGAACUUAAAACAAUGGAAGAGCGGAAAGUGAAGAGGAGGAGUCCUAAGUCUUUUAGUGCCCACUGUACUCAGGUUGUCAAUGCCAAAAAAAAUGCCAUUCCAGUGAGUAAAAGCACAGGGUUUUCCAAUCCUGCAUCGCAGGCAGCUUCACAGCGGCCAAAAUUAAAAAGAGUGAUGAAAGAGAAGACCAAACCUCAGGGUGGAGAGGGAAAAGGCACUCAGUCAACUCCGAUUCAGCACUCCUUCCUCACAGAUGUCUCAGAUGUUCAGGAGAUGGAGAGAGGCCUGCUAAGUCUUUUGAAUGAUUUCCACUCUGGAAAACUUCAAGCAUUUGGAAAUGAAUGUUCCAUUGAACAGAUGGAACAUGUUCGGGGAAUGCAGGAGAAAUUAGCUCGCUUGAAUCUGGAGCUCUAUGGCGAGUUAGAGGAGCUUCCUGAGGAUAAGAGAAAAACAGCCAGUGACUCCAAUCUGGAUAGGCUGCUGUCAGAUUUAGAAGAAUUGAAUUCUUCCAUACAAAAACUCCAUUUGGCAGAUGCACAAGAUGUUCCAAAUACUUCUACUAGCUAAAAUGCAAUGCAGUUUGCUUUCUUGUGAUUUGAAGAGAAGCAUCAGUCUUUACUUUUCCAGCCAAAUCCAGUAGCAAAAUCAUCUUCCACAAGGAAUUAAAGUAAUUAAACUGCAAGUGCAAUGAUCAUUUUCACAUACUUCUUUUAGUAAAUGUGACUCACUGUAAUUCACCGUAACUGGACGCCUAGGCCUUUUGAAGGCUUAAUCAGGAAAUGUGAUGCAGAGAUUGUGCUGCUAUGCUUCAUAUUGUUGCCUUACGGGAUUAUACUUGAAAUACAUUGUACUAAUGUUCUUGACAGGGCUGAGGGAUUUGUCUUUCCCGAGCUCACCAAACUUAUUCCAGUGUUGAUUGCAAGUUGGUGAUGCACAGGCGUCUUGUGGCAGCCCAGCUUCAGUUUAUGUUAGACAAUCAGCACACACGCUGGUGUGUUUGCCAAUGGCCAGUGAUAAGAAAUUAAAUACAUGUUUGUGAGAUUUGCUAUUUUUUUAAUAAAGUAAUCAUUUUAAGUUA